AUCACUCCGUGACACAAGAUCUCAGUCCGUGAGUGCACGCCGAGGCGAACGGACGUCAUGGCUCGCUCCGCUAUUUAUUUGUUUAUUACUAUCGCGCUAUGCUUCGUGAGUCAAGGAGCGUCAUACAAGGUUCCACCAGCGAAGUUGGAAGCCAUCUAUCCUAAAGGCCUAAGGGUUUCCGUACCAGACGAUGGAUUCUCCCUCUUCGCAUUCCACGGAAACCUUAACGUAGAAAUGGAAGGAUUAGAAGCUGGGCAAUGGGCUCGUGACAUCACGAAACCCAAGAAUGGAACCUGGUACUUCAGAGAUAGAAAUGCUGAACUGAAACUUGGAGACAAAAUAUAUUUUUGGACUUAUGUUAUCAAGAAUGGAUUGGGUUACCGACAGGAUGAUGGAGAAUGGACUGUUACUGGAUUUGUAAAUGAAGACGGAACUCCGGUAGAUCCAUCAGUAUCUCCGACACUAGCACCAGUCCCAACUCCCACUCAGCCCACAGCAGCACCACCUACUUACCGUCCUCCCACCACGGCCCCAGUACAAUGCCAGCCAUCUGCCACCACGGUAGCUGGUCGCGGAGCCGUCUGCCAGGGUGCCCUCAUCUUUAACGAAGAGUUCAGCAACUCUGCGCUAAAAGACCUCAACAGUUGGAGCCCUGAGAUCAGGUUUCCGGAAGAACCGGACUAUCCCUUCAACGUGUACAUACCAGACAACACUAUAAGUUUCGAGGAUGGUUCCCUGGUCAUCACACCAGUUCUGACGGAAGCUAUGCAUCAUGAGGGAUUUCUUGUCGAGUCAUUAGACCUUACUAACAGAUGCACUGGUCAGUUAGGCACAACAGAAUGCAGACGACAAGCGUCUGGGGCCCAGAUCCUACCACCAGUAACUACUGGCAAGAUCACCACUCGACACAGGUUCGGUUUCAAGUUCGGAAGGAUUGAAGUUAGGGCGAAACUACCAGAAGGCAGCUGGCUUAUACCUGAAAUUAACUUGGAACCUACAGAGCAUGUGUACGGAUCCCUCCGUUAUGAAUCAGGACUGAUGCGUAUCGCCUUUGCUCGAGGAAACCCAAGUCUUGCCAAGAAGCUGUGCGGCGGCCCCAUCCUAUCUGACUCUGAUCCCUUCAGAUCCUUACUGAUGAAGGAAAAGAUUGGAAUCGACAACUGGAAUAAGGACUUCCAUAACUACACCUUGAUUUGGAGACCUAAUGGUCUUCAACUCUUCGUGGAUGGUGAGCAGUAUGGCACUAUCGAUCCUGGUGAUGGUUUCUUUAACACCGCUCGGCAGCACGCAGUCCCUCAUGCUUCUAAUUGGUUGAGAGGAACCGUCAUGGCGCCUCUUGAUGAAACGUUCUACAUAUCUCUUGGUCUUCGCGCGGGAGGUGUUCAUGAUUUUGCUGAUGAUAUCCCUGACAAACCCUGGAGGAACCGAGGCAGUAAAGCCAUGCUGGACUUCUGGAAACACAAGGCAUCUUGGCACCCUUCCUGGUACAAUGCUAACUUGAAAGUGGACUAUAUCAAAGUUUUCGCGUUGUUUUUAAUUUUAGCCAGUCUGCUACCUAACGGAGACAUGGCGGGUUGCACAAAAAUAAUUUGCAUAUUACUCUUUAUUGCAUUAUGUGAUGCACAGAAGUUCAAUAUCGCAGAUCCUAUAGCAGAAGCAUUAAAUCCUAAAGGGUUUAGAAUAAUACUUAAGGAUGACGGCUAUUCGUUCGUUGGGUUCCGAGUAAAUAUCAAUAAUGAUUUCUCAAGUGGUCCUAGUGAGGGCCAAUUUAAAAAAGAUAUGGUAAGACCAAAAAAGGGAUACUGGACCUACGUGAAUCGUGACGCUAAGUUGAAUAUUGGAGACACAAUAUACUAUUGGAUGUUCAUCAAAAAGAACAAUGAGCAAGACUUUUUUAACGACUUUUCAUACACAGUGACUCAGUUUGUUAAUGAAAACAGUGCACCAGCGACUCCGAACUCUAAUGACCAGCUAGAGACUAGAUUGGAUACUUUAGACCCGACCUGCACAGCUUCAAAAACCAUAGUCCAAGGAAAGGCCCAUGUUUGUCAAGGCGCUCUCAUUUUCAACGAGGACUUUGAUAAUGCCAACUUCGUACAGUGGGCCCCAUUGAUACAGAUUCCAGGCGAGCCGGAUUUUCCAUUCAAUGCCUAUAUUCCGGAUCAAACUCUCAGUAUCCAAGAUGGAUCCCUGGCCAUCACUCCAGUACUGACGGAGUCAAUGCACGAAGAGGACUUCAUUUAUCAUUCAACUUUAGAUUUAGAUACAAGAUGCACAGGUAAAGCUCAGACGUCUGAGUGCAGAGUGGAGGCUGUGGGAGCUCAGAUCCUGCCGCCUGUCAUCACAGGGAAGAUCACGUCUCGAUACAGCUUCGCCUUCACAUUUGGAAGAGUCGAAGUACGCGCCAAGUUACCCUACGGCCGCUGGCUGCUACCUGAGAUCAACUUGGAACCAUUGGAUUUUGCGUAUGGACCUAACUACGAAUCAGGUUUGAUGCGCAUAGCUUUUGUGCGUGGAAACUCCUUCUUUGCCAAGAGACUCUAUGGAGGACCUGUUCUGGCUCAUUCAGAACCUUUCAGGUCUGAGUUACUGCAACAAAAACUUGGAACCGAUAACUGGUACAAGGACUUUCACAACUAUACCUUGAUUUGGAAACCAGAUGGCAUUGAGCUGCUGGUGGAUAACGAGAGGUAUGGCGUUGUGGACCCUGGAGCUGGCUUCUCAGAGAAAGCACAGAAGCACAACAUGGACCAGUUUGAUUGGUCAUGGAAUAGGGGCACAAUCAUGGCGCCUUUUGAUAAAUUGUUCUAUUUAACCCUGGGUCUUCGAGUAGGAGGUAUCAACGACUUUGAUGAUGGAGUGGACAAUAAGCCCUGGGGAAAUAAAGAAAGCAAGGCCAUGUUGAACUUCUGGCACGCCAAAGACACCUGGUUCCCUAGCUGGUCUGGUAGUGCUCUGAAAAUAGACUCCGUUAAAGUAUUCGCUCUAUAAAGUUUACUAUUUUAUUUUACUUUUUAUAAUAGCUAUCGUAAGACAUACUAAAUUAACUAAAAAUCACGGUUUACUCACGUAAAUUAAUAGAGAAGAAUGGAGAAGGCCUACUAGAUGUCUACGACUAGACAUCGCCGCGACUGCGCCCGCUGCUCAUAAUGAAGAGUCCCUAUAUGACUCGAAACUAGUAAAGCUUUUCUCGAUUAAUUUACGUCUGUAAACGGUGAUUUCUAGUUAAUUUAGUAUGUAAACAAUAAAGAUGCAAGAAAUAUAUCUUCUAAUGUGCUCGUGUACACUUUUUUGUAUUUAAUUGCUAGUAAGCGUCCCUGUUGUAAACCAUGUUUUUAAAAGCUUUUUAUACAAGUGCAAUAUUUAACAUAAUUUUUACUUGGAAAAUAAUAUAUCUGCUGUUGUUGGUUAUGGGUUUAUUAUUGCUGUAUGCAAUUUAUUUAUUAUUUCUAUUCGAUUUGAUUUGAUUUAUGUAGUUUUAUUUAAUUUCAAUGUUUUCUUUUUAUUCAAAUUCUCUGUAGUAUUAUUCAUCUUUUAUCAUCUUUUUUAUUUAUUUAGUUUAGAUUACAACUUAACUGAUAUGAAUUGCGAGUACUGUAUACAGCAAAUUUGUGUAAAAAUGUAAUGUUAAAUCUAGCUAAUAAGUUGUUGGUGUGUCUUUAAAUAAAUAAAU